AGGGGAGGAGCCAGGGGUUAGGGGAGGAGAGAAGAGGACGUUUGGUUCAGGAAACGAAACAGAAACAAAAGCCAUCCGACGUGGAUGCAGUUCCCUUGAUCAGGAGAAAAGUAAAACGCAUAUUGGAACAAAUAGUCUGACGGACAUUAACAUCAAGGAAUGGCCUCUGCUAACACUUGCUGGUCUGAAGAGAACUUUUCAUGUUCCAUCUGUCUGGAUGUGUUCAACAAUCCAGUUACCACCACAUGUGGACACAACUACUGCAGAACCUGUAUUACAAAGUUCUGGGAUGAACAAGUCCAGUACAAAUGUCCUGUUUGCAACAAGCUCUUCAACACAAGACCUGAUCUACAGGUCAAUACCUUCUUAUCAGAGCUGGCUGCUCAGAUUAGAACAACUGUACGAGUAAAAGAGCAGCAUUGUGUUGAACCAGCAGAAGUUCCCUGUGACUUCUGUACUGGGACCCAGCUGAAGGCCGUGAAGUCCUGCCUAGAGUGUUUUAUGUCUUUCUGCCAAACCCACCUGGAGCCACAUCAGAGAGUCGCUCGCCUGCAGAAACAUCGGCUGGUCGAGCCUAUGGACCGUCUGGAAGACAGGAUGUGUAAGAAACACAACAUACUUCUGGAGCUCUUCUGCCAGACUGAACAGGUAUGUGUGUGUCAGUUCUGCACAGAGGGUGACCACAGGUCCCAUCCUGUUGUACCUCUAAAGGAGGAAUAUGAAGUGAAGACGGCCCAGCUGGGGAAGAUAGAGGCAGAAGUUCCGCAGAUGAUCCAGGAGAGAAAACAAAAGAUUAAGGAGAUCACAGACACAGUGGAACUGAGCAGCAAAGAUGCAGACAGAGAGAUAGCCAUUGGUGGCCAGGUCUUCACUGCUCUGAUAGGCUGUGUUGAAAAGUGCCAGGAUGAAUUCAACCAAACUGUUCAAGAGAAACUGAAAUCCACAGAGAAACAAGCUGAUGACCUCAUCAAAGAACUGGAGCAGGAAAUAGAAGAUCUGACCAAUAGAAGAUCAGAGGUGAAGCGGCUCUCACACACUGAAGACCACCUCCACUUCCUCCAGGCCUUCAGAUCCCUGAAGGAUCCUCCACCCACCAGGGACUGGACGACGGUGGAGGUCCGACCUCCGUCAUACGUAGGGACCUUGAGGAGAUCCCUGGAUCAGCUGGAGGAGACACUGAACAUGGAGAUGAAGAAGCUGCGUAAAGCUGCUGAACUGAAGAGGGUCCAGCAGUAUGAAGUAGAUGCGACUCUGGAUCCUGAUACAGCUCAUCCCAGUCUCAUCCUGUCUGAGGAUGGGAAACAAGUACAUGAUGGAGGUGUAGUGAAGAUACUCCCAGAGAACCCUAAAAGAUUUGCAAAUUAUAUACUUGUUCUCGCGAGGCAGAGCUUCUCCUCAGGGAGAUUUUAUUUUGAGGUCCAGGUUAAAGACAAGACUCAAUGGUAUUUAGGAGUGGCCAGAGAGUCCAUCGACAGAAUCGGCGAGAUCAUAAUGACCCCUGAGACGGGUUGCUGGAUGCUUUACUUUGACAAGAAUGGGUUCUUUUUUGGAGAUAACCCUUCUGUCCGUCUCCCUCUGAGAGCUGGGCUCCAGAAGGUGGGGGUGUUUGUUGAUUAUGAUGAGGGUCUGGUCUCCUUCUAUGAUGUGGAGGCCAGGGUUCAUAUCUACUCUGCUACUGGCUGCACCUUCAGUGAGCCUCUCUAUCCAUUCCUCUGCCCAGGCGUCCAUGAUUAUGAAGGUAACAACUCUGCCCCCCUGAUCAUCUCACCUGUCAAUCAAACAGACUAGGACCUUAGUUGGAUAAUAAAUUAAUCAAACGACCUAAACAACUAACGUUGUUCCAUGAAGGAUAAUCUCUACUAUGUGAGAUCUGAAUUAGUGUCUCCUGCUGUCUUUUAACGAGAAGUUCUUGAAGAAUAUAACCCCAGUUGUUGAAUACAACUCAUUAUAAAUGGUUAGAUUACACUGUAUUAUUUGUCAGUUUUCUCCUGAUUUUUUUUGUAAAUUGAAUGCUAUAAAAUUGUAAACAGUUGCUGUUAUUUAGAACAUCUUUAGAGGAUUAAUUUGUAUAAAUAAUAAUUGGAACUUUUCUUUUGGUUUUAAAUUCUGAACAGUGAAUGAAAAAGCAAUACAAUGUUCUUUACACUUGGAUUUUAAUAAAAGGGAAGGGUAAAAAAUGUAUGUGUAGGCCUCCAUUAUCAUUGUAAUAGAUAAUUUAAGUGGAAUAGAUACAUUCCAGUCAAUAGUACUCAGUAUGAAUACUGUUACAAGUGAAUAAAAUAAGUGUGUGUGUGUGUGUGUGUGUGUGUGUGUGUGUGUGUGUGUGUGUGUGUGUGUGUGUGUGUGUGUGUGUGUGUGUGUGUGUGUGUGUGUGUGUGUGUGUGUGAG